AACAACAUUUCCCAGAGUUCCUCGCGACGGCGGCCGUAAAGCGCGUCGGUCGAACGGCCGGUUCCGGCUGAAUGUCAGUGCGGGACUGUGGGCCGGGGAGCAAGGUACUUGGCGGUCUCUUCACCGCCCCCACCGCCGCCGGCUGGGCUUGAGAUGUCGCCGCGGACUCCGGGCCGCUGGGCGGAUCGGACAUGAAACCGUGAGGCAGGCGACGGGGCUGGUCUGCGGACAUGUUUGGCCGCUCACGGAGCUGGGUAGGCGGGGGCUACGGCAAGUCUUCCCGCAACAUCCACUCCUUGGACCACCUGAAGUACCUGUACCAUGUUUUAACAAAAAACACCACUGUCACAGAACAGAACCGGAACCUGCUUGUGGAGACCAUCCGUUCCAUCACUGAGAUCCUGAUUUGGGGCGAUCAGAAUGACAGCUCUGUGUUUGACUUCUUCCUGGAGAAGAACAUGUUUGUUUUCUUCUUGAACAUUCUGCGGCAGAAAUCAGGCCGUUAUGUAUGUGUGCAGCUGCUGCAGACCUUGAACAUUCUCUUUGAGAACAUCAGCCACGAGACAUCACUCUAUUAUUUGCUGUCUAAUAACUAUGUAAAUUCGAUCAUUGUCCAUAAAUUUGACUUUUCCGACGAGGAGAUCAUGGCGUAUUACAUAUCGUUCCUGAAAACACUUUCAUUAAAGCUCAACAACCACACUGUCCAUUUCUUUUACAAUGAGCAUACCAAUGACUUUGCCCUGUACACAGAAGCCAUCAAGUUCUUCAAUCAUCCCGAAAGUAUGGUUCGAAUUGCCGUGAGAACCAUCACCUUGAAUGUCUACAAAGUGGAUAACCAGGCCAUGCUGCACUACAUCCGAGACAAAACCGCUGUCCCGUACUUCUCCAAUUUGGUCUGGUUCAUUGGGAGCCAUGUGAUCGAGCUUGACAACUGUGUGCAGACGGACGAGGAGCACCGGAAUCGGGGGAAACUGAGUGACCUAGUGGCUGAGCACCUGGACCACCUGCACUAUCUCAAUGACAUCCUGAUCAUCAACUGUGAGUUCCUUAAUGAUGUGCUCACGGACCACCUGCUCAACAGGCUCUUCCUACCGCUGUACGUGUACUCGCUGGAGAACCCCGACAAGGGAGGAGAACGACCAAAAAUCAGCCUGCCUGUGUCCCUCUAUCUUCUCUCCCAGGUCUUCCUCAUUAUACAUCAUGCCCCGCUGGUGAACUCUCUGGCUGAAGUCAUUCUGAAUGGUGAUCUAUCUGAGACAUACACAAAGCCUGCACAGGAUGUUCCCAGAAGUUCUGCCAAGCCCAGCAUCCGGUGUUUCAUUAAGCCCACUGAGACACUCGAGCGGUCCCUUGAGAUGAACAAGCACAAGGGCAAGAAGCGGAUGCAAAAGAGACCCAACUACAAAAACGUUGGGGAGGAGGAGGACGAGGAGAGAGGGUCUACUGAAGAUGCGCAGGAAGACGCUGAGAAGACUAAAGAGAUUGAGAUGGUGAUCAUGAAGCUUGGCGAGCUCUCGGAGGGCCAGGCUGCUGCUGCGGCCUCAGUGCAGGAGCAGAACACCACAGACGAGGAGAAGAGCGCUGCCACGAGCUCACAGAACGCACACUGGAGCAGACCCUUCCUGGAUAUGGUAUACCAUGCCCUGGACAGCCCUGAUGAUGAUUAUCAUGCCCUCUUCGUGCUCUGCCUCCUGUAUGCCAUGUCUCAUAACAAAGGCAUGGAUCCUGAAAAACUAAAACGAAUCCAGCUCCCAGUGCCAAGUGAGGCUGAGAAAACCACCUACAACCAUCUGCUGGCCGAGAGACUCAUCAGGAUCAUGAACAAUGCUGCCCAACCAGAUGGCAGGAUCCGGUUGGCUACACUGGAGCUGAGUUGCCUGCUCCUGAAGCAGCAAGUACUGACCAGCUCUGGUUGUGUCAUCAAGGAUGUGCACCUGGCCUGUCUGGAGGGUGCAAGAGAAGAGAGUGUCCACCUUGUACGUCAUUUCUAUAAGGGAGAAGAGAUUUUCUUGGACAUGUUUGAAGAUGAGUACAGGAGCAUGACAAUAAAGCCCAUGAAUGUGGAGUAUCUCAUGAUGGAUGCUUCCAUCCUCCUGCCCCCAACGGGCACUCCACUGACGGGCAUUGACUUUGUGAAGCGGCUGCCAUGUGGUGAUGUAGAGAAGACACGGCGGGCCAUCCGGGUAUUCUUCAUGCUGCGAUCACUGUCACUGCAGCUGCGAGGGGAACCUGAGACCCAGUUGCCACUGACUCGGGAGGAGGACCUGAUCAAAACAGAUGAUGUCUUGGAUCUGAAUAACAGUGACCUGAUCGCGUGCACAGUCAUCACCAAGGAUGGCGGUAUGGUCCAGCGGUUCCUGGCUGUGGACAUUUACCAGAUGAGCCUGGUGGAACCUGACGUGUCCAGACUCGGCUGGGGAGUAGUCAAGUUUGCUGGCCUUCUGCAGGACAUGCAGGUGACAGGAGUGGAGGAUGACAGCCGUGCCCUGAACAUCACCAUCCACAAGCCUGCCUCCAGCCCACACUCUAAGCCCUUCCCUAUCCUGCAGGCCACCUUUGUGUUCUCUGAUCAUAUCCGUUGCAUUAUUGCCAAGCAGCGCCUGGCCAAGGGCCGCAUCCAGGCCAGGCGCAUGAAGAUGCAGAGGAUAGCUGCCCUUCUGGACCUCCCAAUCCAGCCGACGACUGAAGUCCUGGGAUUUGGACUCUGCUCCACCUCCCAGCACCUGCCUUUCCGUUUCUAUGAGCAGUGCCGCCGAGGCAGCAGUGACCCCACAGUGCAGCGCUCUGUGUUUGCAUCGGUAGACAAGGUGCCAGGCUUUGCUGUGGCCCAGUGCAUAAACCAGCAUAGCUCCCCAUCUCUGUCGUCACCAUCGCCACCGUUUGCCAGUGGGAGCCCCGGCGGCAGUGGGAGCACCAGUCACUGCGACUCAGGAGGCUCUUCCUCUGUACCCUCAGCAACCCAGAGCCCAGCAGAUGCCCCCACAACUCCAGAGCAGCCUCAGCCUCACCUAGACCAGUCAGUGAUUGGGAAUGAAACGGAUGUCGACUCCAAGCCCAGCAAGAACUCUUCGGCCAAGAGCUCUGAGGGGGAGACCAUGCACCUGUCCCCCAGCCUACUCCCCGCCCAGCAGCCCACCAUCUCCUUGCUCUAUGAGGACACUGCUGAUACACUGAGCGUCGAGUCACUGACCCUUGUCCCCCCAGUCGAUCCCCACAGCCUCCGAGCCCUCUCUGGCAUCUCCCAGCUCCCCACUCUGGCUGCAGCAGACACAGAGACCCCAGCUGAGGAUGCUGUCAACCCAGAGCCUGCGGGCCCCACAGAGCACUGAGUGGGCACCAGAGAUCUCCCUUUGUGUGUGCGGCCCGCUGGUAGGGACCCUGUGCAGUUUGUGACAGCAAGGCACACUGAGGGCACCCACAAUUCUCUGUGGCCCUGGAAACCGUUUCUCAUACCUCUCCCUACAAGACAGCAACCAAGCACUCAUUUGCCCUGCCCUCUCGCUGAGCAGGCUGGGAUCCUAGAGACAGCCUCCUGUAGAGACGACCAUUGGCCACCUCAGAGGGUCUGGGGCCCUGUCCCUCAUCCUGACAGCCACAGGGAACAGGACACACCGGCAUCCCUCCUUCAGGCAGCUCCUUUGUCUUCUCUCCCAGUCUGCACAGAGGUGGACAAGGGUACUUUGGGUAGAAAUCUGUGGAGAAGCAAACCUAGAUAAACAUCUCUUUGGGCUAUUUAUUUCUGUUUUUGGCAACAGAUGAAGAGAUUUAUUUUAAAAGAAUCUAUUUUGGGGGAGGGACAGAAAGAAAAAGUCCUCAACCGUAAGGCUCGGAGUCACAUUAGAAACGUUGGCUGUUAAGAUUCCCUGUCCUUAUAACUUUUUCAUGUUUUUAUUCUUAAGUUGUGGGUGUCACUUCCUCUGUUUGCUCUGUCCCCAACUCUACAAGCCUAUGGGAUGAUGAAGUCUCUCCUUGGAACACUGAGGUACUUCUGAACAAAGUGAGAGAGACCUGAGUGUGCUCAGGUCGCAUGGGGUGAGAAGGCCAGAAGCUUCUGCUCUCACGUGACCUGGAUGGCGUCUGCUCCCUGCUCAGAACACCACACAGACACAGCUUCUGCAGGCUUGCGUCCUUGUCUCUUCUUCUAAGAAAGAUCCAUUAGUCCCAGUGUCCAUGAGAGGAAUCAAAGGAAUUAAGGCACAGAAAGUCAUCCUUAGAUGUAAUCAGCUUCCUACCAUGCAAGUGGAUGCCCAGCUAGGGGCCCAGCUGCAAAACAGGUGACCAAAAGCAGAAUCCCACCCUUCCCUCCCACCCUACCCUGUCCCUUUGCUGCCACCGCACAGCUUGUUUGGGUGUGAAAACCCCAUACUUCUAGGUAUGUGCAGUCAAGGACCAGAUCUGUCCCAUCAGGCCCCAGCUUUCCUCUGUACUCACCAGUCAGGUCACCACUCCAGGCUCCAUGGCAAGGCUCUCUAUGGCUGUCCUGCAGAUUUGGCCUCACACAGUUUCAGUAUCCACCAAAGGGGAGCCACACGGGUACCCCUGGGACACAUGUCACCAUCUGCUCAUCAUUAGACCUUGACACUCUAUUAAGCUGACUUCCCUUGCAGGCCCCAAUGCUUAGUUUUCCAGGGGAAAGCAGUGCUCCCUGGGAAGGCAGUGUUAUCCAUGUGGACUGGCUUCUCUGGUCUUUAAAAGCACUCCAGUGCAUAUGCUGUCAAAGUCACAAGAUGGUUUCAGAAAGAGAAGGCUGGGUCAGGAAGUGAACCAACCUUGCCUAGAGGCAGCCACCCCAAAGGCCCUGGCAGAGAAGGGUGCUCCAGGAUAGCCCCUGGGAAGAGAAGAGUGUGAUGGCCACUGGGAACUAGAGCUCUCUGGACCCCACAGCCAACCUUAUUUCUUGCUCAUUUGCAGGGAAAGGUAGACAGAGGAGCAGGCUAGCCCUGUCUUCAGCACAACUGUGCACUAUAGGUUUUGAAAUGACCGUUGCUAGGGCAGCGUAAAUGUUAUAAAUUGAAAUGGCUCUCCACCCUGCAGUGUAGUCUCCACCCUGCAGUGUAGUCUCCACCCUGCAGUGUAGUCUCCACCCUGCAGUGUAGUCUCCACCCUGCAGUGUAGUCUCCACCCUGCAGUGUAGUCUCCACCCUGCAGUGUAGUCUCCACCCUGCAGUGUAGUCUCCACCCUGCAGUGCAGUCUCCACCCUGCAGUGCAGUCUCCACCCUGCAGUGUAGUCUCCACCCUGCAGUGCAGUCUCCACCCUGCAGUGUAGUCUCCACCCUGCAGUGUAGUCUCCACCCUGCAGUGUAGUCUCCACCCUGCAGUGUAGUCUCCACCCUGCAGUGUAGUCUCCACCCUGCAGUGUAGUCUCCACCCUGCAGUGUAGUCUCCACCCUGCAGUGCAGUCUCCACCCUGCAGUGCAGUCUCCACCCUGCAGUGCAGUCUCCACCCUGCAGUGUAGUCUCCACCCUGCAGUGUAGUCUCCACCCUGCAGUGUAGUCUCCACCCUGCAGUGUAGUCUCCACCCUGCAGUGUAGUCUCCACCCUGCAGUGUAGUCUCCACCCUGCAGUGCAGUCUCCACCCUGCAGUGUAGUCUCCACCCUGCAGUGUAGUCUCCACCCUGCAGUGCAGUCUCCACCCUGCAGUGUAGUCUCCACCCUGCAGUGUAGUCUCCACCCUGCAGUGCAGUCUCCACCCUGCAGUGGAGUCUCCACCCUGCAGUGUAGUCUCCACCCUGCAGUGCAGUCUCCACCCUGCAGUGUAGUCUCCACCCUGCAGUGCAGUCUCCACCCUGCAGUGUAGUCUCCACCCUGCAGUGUAGUCUCCACCCUGCAGUGUAGUCUUCACCCUGCAGUGUAGUCUUCAAAGAAGAGCCUGCAGCCACCCUAACCCACCUAUACAGGUGGGCCCAUCUUUCUGUGACGAGCCUCUUUGCAAUCCAGAGGUUUCAAGGAAGGGAAAAGGUGGUCAGCAAACCCUGAAAGGGUAGCUGCUAUGUAAAAUUCACCAAGAACAAGCCAGUCCACACAGCUGGCUUGUAAGGUUGCUCCCAGGGAGUUCCUGCAGCCAGGAGCCUAAGGGUGAGCAAAUGGAGACUUCCUAUGAGCAGAACUAUGGCUCAUUGCUGAUGAGGGAUGGGGUACUGGAGGAAGCAACAGGACCCCAGGACUCUGAAGAAGUACACUUUCUCACCUAGGUCUUGGUUGCAUUGGGUACCAUCCAGUCUUCAGGACCACUCUGCUAACUUGGCAACUGUGCUCUCCAGAUAGACCUAGCCAGCGAGAACCUACUGGGUCUUGGUAGGAUUGAGGGAUACCAGGUCCAGUAGGGUCCCACAGCUCCUGACUUGGAGGUCCCAGAGUCAGCCUCCAAAAUCAUUGGUCCCAUCUCUUAGGCCAUGCAUGCCAUGUCUGACCUGGUCUCCCUUCUACAACUGCCCCAGGGCAGACUAGCAGAGCUGGCCUCUAACCCCUCUCCUCAGCUUUGACCAUCACCAUGGUGACAUGCAGUGCUGCCUCCUCCCAUUUGUAGUCUUAGGCAGGGGUGACACUUCCCACAGGUCAGACUCAGUGUGGUGGUGAGCGCCCUAUACAGUGGAAGUGGUGGAGGGGUUUCUAGAGCAGACCACUGUGCUCCUCUCUCCACCAGACACUUGCAUUGCCAGGAGUUGGCUGACUCCAUCCUAAGGAUGGCACUGGCUUUCUCUGUGGUCUCUGACAUGCAGUUGUAAAUAAGGCAUGGGUAAACCAAGUCUGAUCUUUUGUAGAUGCAAUAAAUAUAUUUCACACAGUCACAAUGGGCAUAAGGUUAAAUGCCUCUUCCCUCCCUCAGAGCUGAAGCUGUGAGGAAAAAAGGGGCAGGCAGAGCUAGGAAGGUCUACCCAGGGAAGCACCUGCUUCUGCUGGAAGGACUCAUUCAUGCUUUGUGGGGACUGAACCUGGGGGGGAGGAAUGAAAGCUAGAACUUCCUUGUCAUUUGAAACUUGGCAAUAAAAAGCAAAACCAAUGGCC